UUCAGCCUCCGAGUCUUCAUAGAGAGGGUUUUGCGAGCGCCCGGAUGCUGUCUCCAUGGUAACAGGCGGAAGUCAGCGUGUCAGCUGUCUGGGUAGCUUCAAGAUGGCGGCUGAGGCGGAGUAUGAGUCGGUACUGUGUGUAAAGCCCGAUAUCAACGUGUAUCGGAUCCCUCCGCGGGCAUCGAACCGAGGGUACAGGGCAUCUGACUGGAAACUCGACCAACCUGAUUGGACAGGAAGGAUGAGACUCACCUCUAAAGGGAAAGUCGCGUUCAUCAAGUUGGAGGACAAAGUGUCAGGAGAGCUCUUCGCUCAGGCGCCGGUCGAUCAGUUCCCGGGGAUUGCGGUGGAAACAGUGACAGAUUCCAGCCGCUACUUUGUUAUUAGGAUUCAGGAUGGGAACGGAAGAAGCGCCUUCAUUGGCAUUGGCUUCUCUGAUCGGGGAGAUGCCUUUGACUUCAAUGUAUCUUUGCAGGAUCACUUUAAGUGGGUGAAGCAGGAAUCUGACUUCUCUAAGGAGCCUGUGGGACAGGACAAUCAGCCCAAACUCGAUUUAGGAUUCAAAGAAGGUCAGACGAUCAAGCUCAAUAUUGGGAACAUGAAAAAGAAGGAAGGCGCCAGUAAGCCCCGAGGUGGAACUGGAACCGGCAGUAUUACUCUCCUGCCCCCGCCUCCUGGGGGUAAAAUAUCUGCCCCACCCGUAGCGGUGUCCAAUUCUAUCCCAGUUGCGAAUCAUGUGACUCCCCCACCCCUGCAGCCCACCAAUACUACAAGCCCAGAUAUCCUCCUAGACUUGGACUUGGACUCCCCAGUACCAGCACCUAAAGCGGCCAGUACCUCAUCAGACCUUUGGGGGGACUUCAGUACUGCCGGCAGCAAUGUGGCCGCCCCGGCUCCGCAGCCCACUAGCUGGGUUCAGUUCUAGCCGCUGAUGUCAGACUCGUCCCUUGUCCCCUCUGGAGAACAGAAAGACCCCUCUGCGCUUACAGGGGACCAGCACUACCAGGACACAUAUCAUUGUAACACUUUCAUUGCCAGGCUGGGUGGGGGGGCAGAGCCGCUCCUUCUCAUUGGUCCCAGCUGCGUUUUUACCCCUCCCUGUCGUGUCAUUUUUUCAUUUACUUAAAACUCAGUGUUGCUGCAGUUUUGCUGCCGCGUCUCUGUCCCGUCGCCUCUUAUUGCCAUAACCAGGGACAGGGCUGUGUGUCCAUUCUGUGUGUGAUCCGUAGCCCUCAUAGCUGAACAGCGCCACCAAUCAGCACCAUUCCUCAGCCCGUGGCAUUACAUUCCGCUGAGCAGUGCCCGCUUCCCCCACGCAUGCCGGCUCGCUAGGGAAGGACAGAAUGUGUAUAUGGGUGUGCCAGUUGCUCUGCACAAUACGGGGGGGGGGGUUUGUUUAUGUUGCUGCUGCCCCUGUAAUCAGUACGGGGAGAGCGGUGCUGCCUGCGGCACCGAUUUUAACGUGCAAUUUAUUUGUUCAUUUUGAGUAGCCAUACUUGCCACAUGUCCUCUCGCGGGGUGGCGGAAGGGAGCGCCCACUCAUUCAAUGAACUUAGAUUUGUGUCUGUAUUUCCGUUGUGUAGCCAUGAAAAUCUAUUUAUUAUGUUGUGAACCCGGUCCAUGUGUAUAUAAUAAACUAACUGUUACCAUG